AUAAAACGAUACUCGCAAAAAAAUAUCAAACACAUUUUAACGGAACACUCGAUAAACUAUUACUCGAAACAUGGCUAAUAUCAGCCUUUUGUUUUUUGCGAUCGCGAUUGCGGGAUGCAGCCCGACCCUAGCCGAAGAAACUUCAGUAAGUGAAUCUGCAACUUUAGUGCGAGUACCUCGAACAUCACAUCAGAAGAAAUUAUGCAAAAAAUACGGAAUAUGCCAGGGUUAUGGCGGAUACCAACAAUACCAGGGUGGUUACCAAGGAUACCAGGGUUACCAAGGACAACAGGGCUAUCCAGGAUAUCAGGGAUACCAACCUCCUAUAAACAUUGCUAUCAGUCAAUCUCAGUCGUCAGCCAAUGAGGGUGGAGGCGGCCACGGCAGUGGAUACUUCCCUAACAACUACCAGUAUAACCAGGGAUACCCUAACAAGGGGUAUCCUGACCAAGGUUAUAACCAGGGAUACCAGAACCAAGGUUACAACCAGGGUUACUCCAACCAACAAGGUUAUAACCAAGUCUACCCCGUUCUGGGUUACAAUCCAGGUAGCGGGUACGGUUUCAAGCCAGCUUACAAUAACGGCAAUGGAGCUUACAAUGCCCAGUUUAAUGGGAACUACUUCUCUGGUGGACCUAGUGGAGGUUACGGGUACCAAGGGCCUUUUGGGUUCAGAGAUGAUCAAGAUAAUGAAGGAGAUUAUAGUAAUAAUAAUGAAGAGAAUGAUAAUGAUUAUGGUUCUUAUGCUAGAUCGAGUGCUAGUGCUACUGCUGUAGCUGAAAGCAAAGCUUAAGUUAUUUUUGAAG